GUGUGUGAAAAAACAACGUAAAACCCAAAUAACCAUUCAAAAUGAUCUGUUGUGCAUGCAUGAUUAGGGGAAGGGCAAAGGGUUGAAGGCGACCAUCCCUUGACUAUAAAAACUGCUGGAAGACUCUAGUCUUGGCCCUUGGUUAGCUUUUCAAACCGGGGUCCUUAGAUCUGGGUACCAAAGUAAAAGUAUGAUUCCAUCACUUCUCACUCCACAAAAGCUUCAUUUUUUUUUUUUACAAAGAAAAUCCAAUCCCUUUCACAAAACAAUUUACAGAACAACCCUUGGACCAGCCUGGUGGAACAAAGGAUGCAACUGUCAACGCUGCUUACAUCGCCAGCGUCAUUCUGCUGAGCAAAUAUGAUGAUGACGUUGUGCAGCAAAUGCCGAUCUGGAGGAAGUGAGAAGCCUUGCAUCAUCUAGAGAACAUCCUAAAGGAGACGCCAAGGUGCGACCAGGAGAUCAUCAACAGUGAAAAUGCAGGGAAGGCCGUCACCCUUUGUGAGGUGUUGCUCGGUUGCUUGCAAGGCGAUUUCUGAUAUUCUAAAGAGCCUUCUGGCGUGGCAGACAGAUGAAGCUCACCUGAACAGAAUAAUCAAGGCCUUGCGGAACUGGCUGACGUCGCCUGACCUCACCUUGCGUGAGAGAGCAACCCGGUCCCUGAUCCAGCUGCUUCAAAUCUAUAAAAGGCAGAUCCCAUCCGAGAACCCGACCAUCAGAAACAAGGGACACUGGAUCGGCCUGUUGGUCCCUUUCUGUGUCCAUACAGAACCUGCCUUCCAGUACUGGGACCUCUUGGCUGCUAAACAUGAAAUUCCCAGCUCCAGCAACAGCUUGGGUUGGAUCCAUCAGCCACGCUCUGAUGAUGACGUUUGCUCCCCUGUCCGGGAAACUGGUGGUGAGCCGGGGAAUCAUUGUCGGCGUGGGAUCAAGUCUGGCCUACGCUCCAGAAAAAGGUGUCUGCAAGUGUCACCAGAGAAACAAAACGAAGAUGUGGAGGCUGAUAUCAUCACUGUGGAACCGUACAUACCGGAACUCAUCUACCCCAACAUCCCCAUCAUUGAUGAGCGAAGGAUGUCAGACGUUCUACGUUGCACGACAAUGUGAUGGAUGGAUGAAUAGCUGCAGUGGGUGAAAUCCCAAAACAACUGGAGCCCAAUUUGGACCCCAUCGGCAUUGACAAUCUCACCAUCAGUCAGUUGCCAAAGGCCGCCUUCCUUGGAAGAGCUGACAUCCAGACUGAACAUCUAGCUGACUGUGUGAAGAACCACAAUUCCCCCCCUCCCCCAUGAGGCAGGACCUUGACAUGGUUGUGGGGCUUGUGUGCUCUGAGGAAGAUUAGGGCUACACCUCAGGUUCAACCAUACUGAACAGGACUCAUGAGAGGAAUCGGACAAAGAGUGUCUCUCCCAUAAACAAUAGAGGAAAGCACA